GCCACAGCAGCGGACGUACCAGUGUGACGCAGGCAGGCUCCAUACACACUCCGGUAGCACAACAAUACAAGCUCUCGCCGCUCCCCCUCUUUACGCCUCGCUCUCGGUAUGGCGGAUGGCGAGCGGUCCCCGUUGCUCUCGGAUCUCGGUAAUGGAGCUCUCGGCAGUGGUAACGGCGGGGUGUCUCCCGGAGCAGCUCCACACGGUGCUCCGAACAAACCGCAGAGCUUUCCUCCGUUUCCAAGCUUGACUCAGCCCCCUCUGUUGAUGGGCGAGAACCCUCCACCAUAUUCCCCCCUGACGUCUCCAGAGAGUGGCAGUGCCCCAGUCAUCAGCUGUAGGGUGUGCCAGUCGCUCAUCAGCGUUGAGGGCAAAAUUCACCAACAUGUGGUCAAGUGCGGAGUCUGCAAUGAAGCUACACCCAUAAAGAAUGCCCCUGCAGGGAAGAAAUAUGUGCGGUGUCCUUGUAACUGUCUUCUCAUCUGCAAGGUCACAUCCCAAAGGAUCGCCUGCCCUCGGCCUUAUUGUAAGAGGAUCAUAAAUUUGGGGCCAGUCCAUCCGGGUCCAGCCAGUCCAGAACCACAACCUGCUGGAGCUAGAGUUUCCUGCGGACACUGCAGCAACACUUUCCUGUGGACCGAAUUUACUGACAGGACACUGGCUCGAUGCCCCCAUUGCAGAAAAGUAUCUUCGAUUGGACAGAGAUAUCCGAGGAGGCGGAGUCUUUGGUGUUACCUGCUGUGCUUGCUAUUUAGCAUCUCAGCCGCUGGUCUGAUUGCAGGGACGUGGUCCCAGGCACGUGUGUACAGGGGUAUUUAUGCCUCCUGGGCGGCAGUGUUGUUGCUGGUGGUGUUAACGCUGGCCAGGGCACUUUACUGGAGCUGCAUGAGGGUCAGCCAACCUCUCCACAACCUCACAUAGUGAGAGAGAGACACGGCAAGAGGGGGGCUGAGAUUAGGGGUGGUGGGAAAAAAUAAAGUCCACAGGAAAAGAGCUAUAGAGAAUCAUGGUUAACUCUUAAAGCUUGAUUGUGAAGGCUGUAAUGAAGGGUCAAAGUAAAAUCCAGGCUUGAGAAGCAUGUGAAAAAAAGCUAUUCUGGCAAAGAAGAUUAGUGUUUUAAACUUAUUUUUAUUCGGAAGCUUUCUUUGGAUGUGUUUUCAUCCGUGAAUAUGGACUGACUUGUUACUCAUGGUUACAUGCAUACAUGUAGUUAUGAUUCCUAAUGCUCUUUCGGUUCUAACCAUUUACACACAUACAGGUGUGAAUACGUCACAUACUCUCAAACCCACAGAACUCUCUAUGUACAUCUUAAAUUAACUACACUACAAUACACAAAAGACACCAAUUCAACAACAUUCAAACCUUCAACACAACAUUAGCUGCCUCUCUAGUGUCCAAAUAAGCUCAGAAGCCUUACAAAGAGAGGAAGUACAGGGUGAUCUCCACUAGAGGGUGUUCCAAAACAACACACACCUGUAUGUUCCGUCACAUUACCUGUUUCUCUGUACAAACACCGCUAAUCCAAAUCCGUUUGGAUGAGAAUAUGCUUAACAAAUGCGCAUAACCAUUGUGUAACUUAUUUUUCAUAAACGCUAAAAGUGUAAAUGCGCUCCAACACACUCUUUCUCCCUCUUUUUCUUUAGUUGUGAAUGUCAAAAACAGUAUUUUUUUUAUAAUUGUGAAUUUUGUUUGUAAAUAUUUGUUGUUUAUUUCGUGAAUGACUGAACAGUUGCACUGUAGCUCUAACACGCUGUGAUUCCUUUUUUAUGUUUUUAUUUAAUUUGCAAAAUCACUACUGAAAAACCACUACUGAUAAUGUUUUGACUGGAAUGAAUAUCGAGAUAACAGCCACACGCGCCUUUGGAAAACAACAAAAAAAAGUUAUGUCUUUGUUCUGAUGAAGGUCAGCCGUGUUUCAUGGACUUUAUCAAAAGGGUCAUUUACAACCUUUCUUCUCAUGUUCAUGAGAAGUUAAUCGUCAUUUUCAGGUACUGUAAGUUUGAUUAAG